UUCUGUGGCUGCUAUAAGCUCGUGUUUAUUUUCCUCUCACUUAAGGAAAGGAUUGAUUCCUUUGGGACGGGAAAUAAAUCACUUCAGUUUGACCAAGGGUGAAGGAUUUGGGGAUCCUCUAGAUUUACUCACUUUAUCUGUUUAUUUUAUCUGUUUUUUUGUUCUGGCAGGAAAAAAACGACGAUAAAAGUUGUAGGACAUGAUACUAGCCUAUUUGAUAAGAGAUCUGCUUGAUCGUUGUUUGAAAGAAACGUCGGCGCAGAUUAUAAAUCAUUUCGUAUUGUUUCCACUGUGCGUCUUGGUGACACCGGGAUCUGUCUAGCUUUGCCAGACUCUCUCUCUCUCUCUCUCUCUCUCUCUCUCUCUCGCUCUCUCUCUCUCUCUCUCUCUCGCUAACGCACACAUACACGCACACGCGCAGGCGCGCGCAAUAAGGGUACCUGAGAACACCAUUAACGGGAAGAGAAACUGAGAAAUCUAGGUUUCAUGUUUGGGAUUCAGGAGAGCAUCCAAAGGUGUGGGAGUAUUUUGAAAGAAGAACCCAUCGGAGCCGGCAUGAACACUGUCCGAACAUGGAUUCAAGGCGCCGGGGUGCUGGAUGCGAACACGGCCGCGCAGAGUGGAGUGGGACUGGCCCGUGCGCACUUCGAGAAACAGCCGCCCUCAAAUCUUCGGAAAUCCAACUUCUUUCACUUUGUUUUAGCUCUUUAUGAUCGACAAGGUCAGCCGGUGGAAAUAGAGAGAACCUCCUUUGUCGGAUUUGUUGAAAAAGAGAAGGAGACUACAGGAGAAAAGACAAAUAAUGGGAUACAUUACAGACUGCAACUUCUCUACAGCAACGGCAUCAGAACAGAACAGGAUUUUUAUGUAAGACUAAUUGACUCCAUGACUAAACAGCCCAUCAUCUACGAAGGUCAAGACAAGAACCCAGAGAUGUGCCGUGUACUCCUGACUCAUGAAAUCAUGUGCAGUCGAUGCUGCGACAAAAAGAGUUGUGGAAACCGCAAUGAGACACCCUCUGAUCCAGUCAUCAUUGACAGGUUUUUCCUCAAGUUUUUCCUGAAAUGCAAUCAGAACUGUCUGAAGAAUGCAGGAAAUCCACGAGACAUGCGCCGCUUUCAGGUGGUUGUGUCAACGACAGUGAGUGUAGAAGGACACGUUUUGGCUGUUUCAGACAACAUGUUUGUGCACAACAACUCCAAACAUGGCAGACGAGCUCGACGACUGGACCCAUCAGAAGGAACGCCAUCAUAUUUGGAGCAUGCAGCUGCACCUUGUAUCAAAGCCAUUAGUCCCAGUGAAGGCUGGACAACAGGAGGUGCUACUGUCAUCAUCAUUGGAGACAACUUCUUUGAUGGAUUGCAAGUCAUCUUUGGAAGCAUGUUGGUCUGGAGCGAGCUCAUCACACCUCAUGCAAUCAGAGUUCAGACCCCUCCUCGCCACAUUCCUGGGGUGGUAGAGGUCACACUCUCCUAUAAGUCCAAACAGUUUUGCAAGGGCACACCAGGAAGAUUCAUCUACACAGCCCUGAAUGAGCCCACCAUAGACUAUGGUUUUCAGCGGUUACAGAAAGUGAUACCUCGACAUCCGGGAGACCCUGAACGCUUGCCAAAGGAGGUGAUUUUGAAAAGAGCAGCAGAUCUGGUGGAAUCGCUUUAUGGGAUGCCUCAUAAUAACCAGGAAAUCAUUCUUAAAAGAGCGGCAGACAUUGCUGAGGCCCUGUAUAAUGUGCCACGAAGCCACAACCAGCUCACUGGUCUCACUAACAGCUCUGUCCAUACAAGCAUGAUGGGAGGUAAUUCCUUUACUGGGCAGCUUGCCGUGAAUGUCUCAGAAUCAUCUCAAGGUGGAAACCAGGGUUUCGGUCGUAACACAAGUAGUGUAUCACCACAUGGCUAUGUACCCAGUUCAACCCCUCAGCAGAGCAGUUACAGUACAGUAUCUACUAGCAUGAAUGGCUAUGGUAACAGUGGCAUGACCAACCUGACUGGCUCCCCAAACUUCUUGAAUGGCUCUGCUGCCAAUUCACCCUACGCAAUUGUCCCCUCCAGCCCCACCAUGGCUUCCUCCACCAGCCUACCCUCAAACUGCAGCAACUCCUCUGGAAUCUUCUCCUUCUCUCCGGCAAACAUGGUUUCAGCUGUGAAACAAAAGAGUGCUUUUGCUCCUGUCAUUCGACCACAAUCUUCACCUCCACCUACAUGCACCAGCACCAAUGGAAAUGGUGUUCAAGAUCAGUCUUUUGUUGACUCUAACAAGUACUCCACAGCCAGUGCACUCCAGGGCCUGGCCUUCUCCUGAAUUAUCCCUGGAAUGAUUGUUCAUCAGAUGUAGUGAACAUUUAAGCAUGUGUGUGAGAAAAACUACAAACUCAGGCCCUUUUUAAACAUUCUUCUUUGAAACAAAAAGAUACAGUGAGAGAACAAUAUUAAAUAUUGAACUGAGCUGUUGUACCUCUCUGUUUUUGAUGUUUCAAUUUGUACUCACCUUUUAGACACUUUUUAAGAUAAUGAGCAAUGGCACAGACUAGCUCACCUGCCCAUCUACACUAUAAUGUGAGAGGUAUAUAUUUAUUUUUUUUAAGAAAUGCAGUUACUCAUUUGCCCUCAUUUUUGUGUUUUGUGUGUAUUUUUAUGAAAUAAUCUGACACAAUGUUGCAGUGUUUUCUAUUAAUGAUUCAACUGUAAAUAAAAACCAAACACCAAACUAUUUUCAAGCAGAAAUAUUCCAAUGAAUUUGUGAAAUUGCAUUUGAAUUUAAAAAGUCUUUACUUAAUAUGCAAUAUGCACCAGCAAUGAGAAAUCAUAUCAAAAUUGCAGUGAUGGAAAAGAAGAAAAUCAUUUGCCUUGUUACUUUUAUGUGCUAAAUUUCACACUUAUAUUUGCUGAGACAGAGCUAAUUUCAUGACUUCAUCUUUUUUUUUAAAAGGUGUUUUAAUUUUUUUUUUUAAUAGAAAACAAUUACAGACGUACUAAUAAAAGAAAAAAAAAAACUCACUUUGUCAAGCUAUGAUAGAUUGUGCCACUGUAUAAACAAUUCUAUGCCAGUGGUUUGCAGUCUUUAACAUGGGGACCCACCACUGCCUUACUGAAACAUUAAAUAUUCUGCAUGUCUCUAUGCUGAUGUGCAGUACAUGGCCCAAUAUGCCCUUUUUACGAUGUCACACAGCUUCCAUUUGACUCGAAGCAGUGAAUCUGUAUGUCCACCUAUACAGUGUUAACAACAGAGAAUUUACCCAGUCGUAAAUAUAUUUACUAUAGAAAAAUAUAACUGUGUGAAGAUGGCCAAUACAAGCAUUUUUGUGCUUGUAUAGUUGUUUUAAAGGUGUUUAACAGCUGACUAACAGAUGCAUUUAUAUUAUUCGGGUCAUUAUUACUAUAAAGUGCCUAUGAGACAUCAAAAUUUCCAAAUAAAGUUUGAGAUUUUAUAUUUAACCACAUAUUUCUUGUAUUAAUUAGACCAUAGGCUGUAAGAAAUAAAUUUUGGUCAAGCUCCUGUACUUUAUACAAACAAUCUGCAAGCUGGAAAACAGUAAACAAGCCUCAAAUUGUGUCAACCCUGCCAUGGACAAAUUCAAAGCAGUUUGUUUAUUUUAAAGAAGUAUAUGUUCAUUGCAGUGUGUUUAUAAAAUGUAGAUUUUCAGAAAGGUGUCGCUUUACCGACCCAACCCAAGAUUAUGUAAAAAGUCUAUUUAUGCUAAUGAAGGAAAGGAAAAAAAUAUUUUUUCCCCGAAUAAAUAUGCAAUCGUUUCACACUCUUUUCAAAAUAAAACUCAAGAUUGAAAAUAUUUUGUCAAUCUUUCAAACAAUAUUAACUAGCCCUUAUUGGUUAAUUAAGAAACCACACAAUAUUUUUUUUUGCUGAGGUUUUAAAUAAUUUGUUUAUUUUCAUAAAAAACAACUUGAUAGUAGACAAAGGCUUUAUUUAGUGAAGUAAAUAUAGAGGAACAUUUGAAAAGCAACAGGUAUAACAAUACAUUUUAAAGGGUUAAUAUAAUAGAGUUGUUAAAGUUUUUAAGAAUUCAACUUUUCUUUUCACUAACUAUACUGCAAACCGCUGAGCCACCAUGCUGACUCUUCUAUUAUCAAUUAGGUUUUAUCAAUAUGCAAAUUAAUGGGAAAAUAAACAAUUAUUGUCCUUCAAAUUAAACUAACUUUGCUAAUGAAUGUUAAUAUUUACAUUGUACAUUGUAUUGGAUGAGUAAAGGGAAUGUUGGAAGCAACUCAAGUUAAACACCGUAAUAAUACUGUUUUUAUUGUUCAGAAUAAGGUAAAUAAUUAGAUUACAGAUGUUCACAUAAAUGUACAAAUACUUAGGGCUAUAUUUUUUUAUUUCAAACUGUCAAUGAGCUUCAUUAUAUGGAUUUUAAAAGGAUAUUCUUAAUAUAGACUGAGUGUUUAAGUGUUGAAACAUAAAAAACAUUUAGUAAUUAACAAUAAAAUAUAAAAUAAAAAAUAAAUAAAUCAUUUAAUCAAUAACACUGCAUUUUGUCCACCCCUGUCAAGGAAGGAUUUGUGACAGGUCGGAUAAUGACAGGGGGUACAUUUAAUAAUAAAUGCAACUAAAGAUAGCAUUUAUUCAAUGUUGUACCUGCAGUUGGCAAAGUGUUUCCCUAUUUAAGCUCUUUGUACACAAUUUAAAAGCUAUGUUUUAAAUGAAGAUCUUAAUAUUUCACUAUGACAGGGUGGACAUGUUUCAAACACAAUAUGAGGAAAAAUAGGAAAGUGCAGAUACUUAAUGUGUGCACAUCAGAUGUUUUAACCUCCUUGGGGAUGCCAAUGAGUACAUCAGAGGGUUUUUCAAAGGGGCAUUUACAACUUUUUUUUUUCUCAAAUAACUUGUUAAAGACAAUAAGAAUACUUAAAAAAUCUCACUGAAGUUGGCUGAGCAGUGUGUGGGAAAUGGCAAAAUCAGAUCCAUUCAAUGAAAGAAUAUGGCAAAAGUUUAAUAAAACAAACUUCAAAACACAUAAUUCUACCUGCAUUUGUGUAAAGUUUUUACCAAUUAUAUUAAAACAUCAGAAUUUCAUUAUUUCACAUUACGUUUAUAUUGGAGUGACUCAAUCUUGUGGGACAUCAAAGGCACUUUAGAGUAAUAAUGAUCCAUUCACAUUCUAUGCACUGGUCAGUUGUCUGCAUUUUUGUCUAAAUAAGUUUAUUGUAUAUUUAUUAGCAUAUUAUUGUAUAUUUAAGAUUCAAAUAAAUCUAUAUAGAGUAACAAUAUCAUAUUUGACUGUUACUAAUCAAACAAAACCUUUCUAAAAUAUUUAUUUAGAUGUGUGCAGGGCUGAGAGGGCCCAGAACUGUCAUUAGAAGUAAAAUCUAUGUAUAAAUUCAAGUAUACUUACCUUAAGAAACAAUAGCAUACUGUAAUAAGAUAUUACUAUAAUAAUAAUAAUGAUGAUAAUAAUUAUAGCUUGUGGAAAUAAUUAAAUAAAUAAUGCAUGGAUAAUAAUAAUAAUAAUAAUAAUAGCAUUAUAAUAUUAAUAAAUAAUAUUCAAACAGGAUAUUCAGAAAGCAGUUUAGUAUUGACAAAAGUAAAGAGAAACAUUUGGACACAAUCUCAAUACUUUAAUUGUCUUGAAUAACAGCAUGCUAAUUUGUAAAUCAUAAAAAAAAGUAAAAAUGGAACUACCGAUACACUACUUUGCAGGAAAGGUGUAAGUUAAGUGACCUCAUUGUGAAAAGGGUCUAUUGAACCUGUUGAUAAAGCUCACUCCUAAUAAGGCCAAUCAUAGGAAUCAUGUGUGUUAAAGAAGGCGGACACAAAAUGUUUAGAGCAAGGACCCGUAUUGAAAAAAGGGAUCCAUAGGGAUUUGUUGUUUAUAUUUAAAUGCCUCAUUGCUUAAAACAUUCAUGCAGUUUAACCUGCAUGUUUGAAUCAAUUUGAAAUUAACUGAAAGUAUUAGGUUCACUUCCAAAAAAGAAAACUUUACCACCUUACUUACCGUAAAUUUUUUAAGAAAACAUUCAGGAAUUUCUAGAUAUUGUAAGAAAUUAAUAAGCAGUUUAUACAUACUACCACAAAUACUACUUGACAUACCCAGUAAACACAUAGAUGAUGUACUAUAUGAUAUGAUAUCCUAUGGUAUUUUCUUACUUUUUAUGGUUAAUAAAAUGAUUUAAAUUAA